AGACCAUUCCUCCGAGUCGCGUUCUCAAGUAGCUCGUGUCGUCCGUGGAUCCUCUGAUAAGCUUGUUGCAUUAUUUUGGAAUAGACAAACAACAGACAUGGCCAGCAGAAAGACAAAGAAGAAGCAAGGGGGAAAGCAACGUGCCCAACGCGCCACCUCAAAUGUCUUUUCUAUGUUUGAUCAAUCACAGAUCCAAGAAUUUAAAGAGGCAUUCACCAUGAUUGACGCCAACAGAGAUGGCUUCAUUGACCAAGAAGACUUGAAAGACACAUAUGCCUCACUCGGCAGAGGAUUGAAAGACGAUAAAGCAAAAAAUAUGUUGGCCGAUGCGAGUGGCCCCUUGAAUUUCCAAGUAUUUCUUGCUUUGUUUGGCGACAAGCUGUCGGGUACGGAUCCGGAAGAGACGAUAUUACAGGCGUUCAAAGUGCUUGACCCUGACAAUAAAGGUGUCAUCAACAAAGACUACCUUGCUGACAUGAUGAUGACUUCCGCUGACAGAUUCUCAAGAGACGAGGUUCAACAGAUGUACAACAUAUCACCAAUCGACGCAGCAGGAAUGCUUGACUACAAAUCCCUCUGUUACAUUGUCACACACGGCCAAGAAGAAGAACAACAAGCCUAAUUAAAAUUUGUAACACUGAACUACAUUAUUGCACAUAGAAAACAAUUUGAUAAAAUAAUACCAAGCUUUGAAAAGUUUUUGAUCGCACAGAAGUGCAUCAUUGACAUAGAUUUUGAUAUAGUCAUAUAGUAAGAUAUAGUCAAAUAUAUAAUAAAAUAAUCAUGAACGAUUCUGACAUAUAUAUGAAGUAUAUGUAAAAUUUAUGAAAUUAGUAGGACGAAUCUUGCACUAUUUUAUUUAGUAUCGAUGGCCCUUCAGAAAAAUGAAAUAAGUAAGAGAA